AUGGUAGAUUUUCUUAUAAAAGCAGGUAUGGUCAUUUUAAUAAUAGAAGCUACUCCUAAAUCUGAAGAAGAUUCUGUAUUAUUAACUAAAAUAGUAAAAAUAUGUUCUUUUGUUAUUAAAGCAGAAGAAAUUUCAGAUAUUGCUAAUACUAAUAUUCUUAAUCACAAGAUGGCUAAGCAUUUAGAAAACAAACCAAAGAAGACUUUAAAAGAAAUGCAUGCUUUAAACCAGUAUCAUAUUGCAGAAUGUUAUAGGAUACCACUCAAAUCUCUGACUGAAGAAUUUAUUAUAGAUUAUAGUAAAUAUGAUGAAAUGAAAUGGUUUAGAAAUCUUUGGAAAUUACAUGAUACAGAUAUUGAUAAUAAGACUACAGUUAAGGCAAUUACUCAUGAAGAUUAUAGAAAUGAUAAGUGCACAACUGUUACUAAAACUAAAAAACAUCAAACCUGUCUGGAAUUAAUAAAGACUUGCACACCUAUUAGAGAUAUCGACGAUAGAAGCAGAUACAAAGCAGAUGAUGUUAAAAGAUAUCUAAAUACAUUCGAAUCAAUACAAUACUUUCAAAAUUUAGUACCAAAAAUGGCUUGGGUUUUUGAUAAUACAGAUGCAUCUUCUAGUGCUAAAAAAUCUGGCUUAAAAUCAGAUAGAGCAAAACUUGGUUUAUUAAAUUUAGAACUUUAUGCAACUUAUGGUUCAAAACUUAAAGCUACAAAUAACAAGCAUACACAUUACCAUCUAGUAGAUAUGUUCAAUAAAAAAAAGUGCACCAAAGUUCUCAAUAAAUAUAACCUAUCAGCUAAAUCAAACCUGCUUCAAUUAUGUGCUUAUGCUGAUGAGCUUAGUACUAUGCUACCAAAUUGGAAGAAAACUGAGAUUGGUUCUGAGCAAAUUUAUAUAUAUGAAAAAUUACCAGAAGUUACUCAAGAAGAACUUAGAAGAAUUCAAAAUAUCAAUACUACUAAAAUCCCUAAUAUGCAAGAUUUUGCAGAUUACAAGCCUAGUUAUUCUUGGUAUUGUAUUAGGUAUAUUAAAAAUAAAGGAAAAGCAAAAAAUAAUCCUGAAUCUUGGCAAUUUCUAUCUAUGGAAAAGAAUUCAGAACAUGCAAAAGAAUUGCUUAUCUGGAUCCAAGAUGCAAUAGCAACUGAAAAGUUAUGCAAUCCUAUCUAUACCAAAAGAUUAAGAAAAAUCAAAAGUAAAUAUGCUUCUAGAAUUUAUGAUGGUCAAAAUCUAACUUUGCAACAUCUCAAAUUUGUUAGCAGAGUUGCAAUGAGACAUAAAAUAGAUCAUCAUAAUUCUGGAAUAUAUUAUGCCGAAAUUCUCAUAUUCAAGGCAAUUAAUGAGAAUACUUCUAAAAUUGAGGAUAUCGAUGACUUAUAUAGGAGUAUCUAG